AUGGACUCUUCAUACCCACACCCCCAGGUAAUGGGACAAUCACCCUUCUUCUACUACAACCCGGAUCCGAAGCCAGACAACCGCCAGCAUGGUCACUUCUCCCAGCACCCAAGUAACAUCCAGGUGCCAAUGUACCACCCACAUGUGCAGCCAAUGCCUUCGACUCCGAUCUACUCCAGACCGAACUCGUCGUGCUCGCAGCCUCCGAUGCAUCCCCAUAUGUACAACGCUGGAUACCAGACACACAUGACCCCAAUGGCUUCCCCUCGCCCAAUGUACCAAAAGCCUACCAUCUUGAUCCAGGACCACUCACCCCGAUUGAUGAUCGACUCCGACUGCCAUGAGGGCGACAUGUACUACUAUCCCUCCACACCGCCGUUGUCUGCCUCCGGAAGCGUCAUGAGCAGCCCAUCCAGCUGUGACGUGCUGCAAACUCCGAUGAACACCGUGUCCAUGGGACUCGAGGGAUUCGAAGGAGUAAAGCAAGGAUGCCAAGGCGAGGUCCAGUCCGAGAAUCUUUCCGGCGGCGACUGGCAACGAUGUGGCUCCCCGCCGGUGACACCAGUGUUCAUCCAGCCAAAUUCGCUUAUGAGCAACGGGAACGCUAGCGAGCUCCUCUCUGCAACAUCUUGUCCCUCACUUUCGCCGUCCCCUUCUCCAUACCCACGAUCUGUCAUUUCCGAACAGGACUUCGACUUUUGCGACCCACGAAACCUCACGGUUGGAUCUGGUGCACCCGCCAAUCCUCCAUUGACCAAGACCGUCGCUGCUGAAUUCCCGCCUCUGCCAACCCUUUGCGCAGGAGACGACGAAGAACACCAGUUCAUGCUGGGGGGUGAGAGCUUCAACAAGGCUGCCGAGACCCACGCGAAGACAUUCAACUUUUCCGCACCCGUCCACCACGGCCUGCCAACCUUCGAUCAAUUCUCCGACCUCGACUCCGAGGAAGAUUUCGUCAACGGUCUGGUGAACUUCCCUGCGACCGACAACGUCCAAUUCUUCGGCAGCAAGAGACAACGCACGAACUCUGGCUCCGAUCUCGUUUCCCUGGACCACGAGCACUUCAUUGACGAAGACGACUUCGAGGAUUUCGAAGAUUUCGAGGACUCCGAGCAAUUUGCCGUCGCUUGUUUGCCAAGCCCCCCGGCUUCUGGCUCUGAAGGCGAAAUCAAGAAGGAAAAGCGCACCAAGAAGUCGAAGAAAGCCGCACGUUGUGAGGAGGACAGCUCCGAGUUCGACGACCUCGUCCGAUCGCGCAAGUACACCGUUCCAAUGAACGCAGCAAGUGGAGCCCCGGCUCAAGAGAGCACCAACGACACACAACAAGCAGAGUCCGCCCCAAGCCAAUCCGGCUCUUCUGAGUCUAACACUGGCAACAACGUCGGGGGCUCUGAUGCAGGCGCCACGCCCUCGCAGCCACCUGUCAACCGCCGAGGCCGAAAGCAAUCCCUGACCGAGGAUCCCUCCAAGACCUUCGUGUGUGAUAUCUGCAACCGCCGAUUCAGACGCCAAGAACACCUCAAGAGACACUACCGUUCCCUCCAUACGCAAGACAAGCCCUUCGAGUGUCACGAGUGCGGCAAGAAGUUCUCCCGAAGCGAUAAUCUCUCUCAGCACGCUCGCACUCACGGAAGCGGUGCUAUCGUCAUGGGUGUUUUGGAAGACGGCGAGCUCCCAAGUGAUCACAUGGAGUCGGCCAGUGACGGCGAACACAUUCACUCCUUGGGCAGUGUCCUCUUCAAUGUUGCUGCUGCUGCCUCUGGCAGUGACAGUGAGCUCACUUCCGAUGGCGGUAGCAGUGAUGGCGACAACCAGUCCCGCAAGAAGCGCAAGCGGUCCGACUGA